UGUUUCUUUGAAUCCUCUUUUCCAAUCUGUUCGUCUCCUUUUUCCUGCUUUUUAACUUCUGACGCAACGCCAAUGCUGUAGAGAGAGAGAGAGAGAGAGAGAUAGAAGAGCGAGAAAGAGGAGCAUAUUUGAAGCUCAAUGGCUUUCUUCUCCUUGCUUCGCUUUCGAUUCCAAAUCUCGCUUUAAAUCAUUCCCAUUCAUCACUUCUUUGGCUUUACAGCUUUUGUUCUUUUCGUUUUCCGAGAAAAAGUCCGAGGAUUUACAGAGCAUCGAUCGUCAUCUCCAAUGGCGGAUCACCGGCGGAGUCUUUCCGCCGCCUCCGGCAGCGACAUUUCCGUCUCUUUGGAACCAGACGUCGCUGAAAAUGCCCGUCUUUCUUCAGGAAUUGAUGAGAGGAAAGUAUCCGGAGAGAGCACGUCUGGAGAGGCAGAUUCGAGUUCCAAUCACCUUACUACGACAGCGAAUUUUAGACAAAAUCUCUCAUUGUCUGUACUAGUAACCAAGCUUUUUGAUGAAAAAAUUCCCUUCAAAAAGAAGCUAAAAUGGCUAAAAAGAGUUGCUACGGUUAAAGAUGAUGGAACAGUGCAGUUCGAUGUCCCGGGCGAUAUCAAACCAAAGAGUCUGGAUUUUGGGACUGGAGUUGUCUACGACGGAACUGUUGAUGAACGCCAUGGCGCACCGGAGGUGGAAGGCAAAUACGUACCUCCACUGCAAAUUGUAAUGCUUAUUGUUGGAACAAGAGGAGAUGUGCAACCGUUUGCUGCUAUCGGAAAGCGUUUGCAGGAAGAUGGCCAUAGGGUUAGGCUAGCAACUCAUGCAAACUUCAAAGAGUUUGUUCUUACCGCUGGACUUGAGUUCUUUCCUUUAGGUGGAGAUCCAAAAGUUCUUGCUGGUUAUAUGGUAAAAAACAAAGGGUUUUUGCCAUCCGGACCCUCAGAAAUACCUAUUCAGCGAAAUCAAAUUAAGGAAAUCAUAACCUCUUUACUUCCUGCAUGCAAGGACAACGAUCCGGACACUAACAUUCCAUUUGAAGCAGAUGCAAUAAUUGCUAAUCCCCCAGCAUAUGGACACACGCAUGUUGCUGAGGCUCUAAAAGUACCGCUUCAUAUAUUUUUCACUAUGCCGUGGACACCUACUAGUGAAUUUCCCCAUCCUCUAUCCCGUGUUGUUAAGCAACCAAUUGCAAAUAGAUUAUCGUAUCAAAUAGUUGAUUCGUUAAUUUGGCUAGGGAUACAAGACAUGAUAAAUGAUUUUAGGAAGAAAAAGCUGAAGCUGAGACCAAUUACAUAUUUAAGUGGUUCCUAUUAUUCUCCACAAGAUGUGCCCUAUGGAUACAUAUGGAGUCCUCAUCUUGUUCCCAAACCAAAAGAUUGGGGCCCUAAUAUUGACGUAGUUGGAUUCUGCUUUCUUGACCUUGCUUCGAGCUAUGAACCCCCUGAUUCACUAGUGAGCUGGCUUGAAGCUGGGGAAAAGCCUAUAUAUAUUGGAUUUGGUAGCCUUCCUGUCCAGGAACCAGAGAAAAUGACAGAGAUUAUUGUCCAAGCUUUGGAAAUAACUGAACAAAGAGGUAUCAUCAACAAAGGUUGGGGUGGCCUUGGGAAUUUGGAAGAACCAAAGGAUUUUGUCUACUUACUGGAUAAUUGCCCCCAUGAUUGGCUAUUCCCACGUUGCUCUGCUGUGGUACAUCAUGGCGGUGCUGGAACUACUGCUGCUGGUCUAAAAGCUGCGUGUCCUACAACAAUCGUACCUUUCUUUGGAGAUCAACCAUUCUGGGGAGACAGAGUGCGCGCUGGAGGAGUAGGUCCUGCACCAAUUCCAGUUGACGAAUUCUCACUUGACAAAUUGGUUGAGGCCAUACGCUUUAUGCUAGAACCCAAGGUGAAAGAACGCGCCAUCGAACUCGCCAAGGCCAUGGAAAAUGAAGAUGGGGCGACAGGGUCAGUUAAAGCCUUUUACAAACAUUUCCCUGGCAAAAGACCUGAUGGCAAACCAGAGCCCACGCACCAUCGAAAACCAUUUUCUGUUCGGCAAUGUUUUGGUCUUAAAUAAUAAAAAUUUUUUGGGUGAUUUUUCCGUUUUCCGGUGUUCUCUUGUUGUAGUCUAGUUAUCAAUUAACAUCCAAAAUUUUAAUUAAUUAAUUAAUUUAUUUUUACAUAGCAUCA